AUGAAGAUCUCUGCUGCCAUUUCCACUGCCCUCCUGGCCGUUAGUGCCGCUGCGUUCGACAAGAACCAACCUUGGGGCAAACGCGACUACAACUGUGUCAACGUCUUCCAGGGCAUCCCCGACAACUCGACUGUCGCUCCCGGCGCCGAGAUCAACAUCAAGUUCGACCGCAAGUCCAAGACCUGCGAGUCUCUGGUCAAUUACAAAGGCUCGAAUUAUACCCUCUACCUCUACAACAACCCUGUUAGAAACCUGGACACUAUCAAGUUCGACAAGGAAAUUCCGAUUAGGCAGCACGACAUCCCCGAGAAGGAUGGUGCUGUCACGAUCGCCAUCCCGUCUCAGGAGAAGCUCGGCACCGUUGCGGACGACAGUGUUUGGUAUCUCCGUCUCUCCACUAGUUUGAACGAUGCCCCACAGAUGCCUACUCUCUUCAAUGCCGCCGGUCCUUUCGCUAUUCGUGCUUAA